CUCAUUCAUAGACCCAGAUGCACACAUGCUUGCACAGCAGGACAGCAUGGCCUUUCGUAAGUGUGUACAGGUCCUGCUCCGUUCAAGCUUGGCCCCAGGAUCCACGAGGACGCGUCCGAGAUUUCUUCACACAGUUCCCAGACUCUGCAGUCAAUCCCAGACAGAUGGUUCCUCUGGCUCUAAAGUGCUGGUGCACUUUGUAAAUCAGUCGGGGGUAAAGAGCAGUGUGUUUGUCACAGAGGGAGAGACGCUUCUGGACGUGGUUAUCAAGAAGAAUCUUGACAUCAGUGGCUUUGGAGCAUGUGAGGGCACUCUGGCCUGUUCCACCUGUCACCUGAUAUUUGAGGAGAGUGUGUAUGACAAACUGGAGCCAGUGGUGGAUGAAGAGGUUGACAUGCUGGAUUUGGCUUACGGACUCACCAAGACAUCUCGUUUGGGGUGUCAGGUGACUGUGGAGCGCUGGAUGGAUGGAAUGACAGUUCACGUCCCGCAAGGAAUCAAAGAUCAGCGAGGAAAGCAAGAGGCAGUGAGCAACAAAUGAUACACAAGCAGUCACAUGUACAAUUUCCAUGUUAAUUUAACACUUAAUACACAGUAAGAGACGUUUUUCUUUACCACAGCUGUUUUUGUUUUGUUCUGCUUUGAAGCAUAUGAACAUGGUACUUUGAAAUUACACAAAACAAUAAAAAUGAAUGUGAUCCACUA